AUGAAUUUCCUCCACCACGAUAAACACGCUGACGCCCAUGACCAGGUCACCAACUCCCCGCACAAGGCUGCGCUCUCUCACGAGCUCCUCGCUUCUGCUGCUUCCUACGAGGCCAUGAAGGCGUACGAGAAGCACGUCAAGGACCAGGGCCACCCCGACAGCCACGCCAAGGCGAAGGAGAUGAUCGCUACACUCAGCGGUGGCUUCAUCGACCGUAUGGUCGAGACCAAGGGCCUCGAUGCCAUCGACAAGGAGAAGGCGAAGCGGCAGGCUUCUGCCCACGCGGACAGCCAGCUCCCUUCUGAAUGAGCUGGAACAUUCUGAGCUGUGUCUAGCUAAGCUACGACUAUGACGCUGUUAGGAACGAUAUUAAUGUAAACGAAUAAUCUGUAUUAACAAUAUGACAAUCUUCUGCAAGGAGAUGUGGUUGUG